AUGUCAUCCAAAGGAUCUAGUAAAUCUAGUAUCCAACUAGGUAGUAAAUAUAAUAAGGUGACACCACCACCAACAACACCAACUACUACAUCCACACCAUCAACCCCAAAUAAUACAUCACCAUCACCAAAGUCACCUCGUGGUAGUGUUGCGAGUGGCAUUAAAUCGAAAUCAUCCAUAACAUUUUCAUCAUCAUCAUCAUCACCAUCAUCACCUGUAUUAUCAUCUACAUCAUCACCUGUAUUAUCAUCAUCCUCAUCAUCAUCACCUAUGAGAAUCACAUCAUCUGUAUCAUCAAGUUCAUUCCAAUAUUGGAAAGAAAAAGAAACAACAUCAUCUGCACCAACAUCAACAUCAAUAACACCUCUAACUGUAUCACCAAAAUUGUUAUCUAGUAAUACCUCUACAUCCACCACCACCACAAACACAAACAUUAAUACAACAGGAACAGUUGGUAAAUCUAGUAAUACUAAUUCACCAAUAAAGAAAUCGAUAUUUAGCAUAGGAAAAAAGUCAUCAUCAACAUCAUCACCAUCAACCACAACUACUAUACCUCUAUCGACAUCAUCACCACCAUUAGCAACAUCCCCACCAGCUACUAUAUCAGCAGGAUCAAAAGUUUCAUUUAAAGAUAGCAGUGGCAACAGCAGCAGUAGUGGUAGUAGUAACAGCAACAACAACACCAACAACGGCAACACCAAUCAAUCAAACAGUCCUCACUUGGUUUCAUCUACAUUACCUAAUCGAAUGAAUAGUAAUAGAAAGAGCUUAAAAAAUCCUUUAAAUAUAUUUUCACUUGAUUUUUGGUCUACAAAGAAUGAAGAUAACAACAUGGCAAAUACAGACGAACCUUUAAAUACACAACAAGAGCAAUCAAAUGAUUCUCAAAAAAUUACACAACAAUCAAAUGUAACAACAGCAACAACAACAACAACAACAAACACAACAAACACAAAUGUAAAUAAUAGUAUUAAAACACCACCAACAAAUUCACCAAUUUUAACAAGUAUUAAAACACCAAUAACAAAUAAUAGUAAUACCACCACCAAUAGUAAUAAUAAUAAUAAUAGUUCAGUAAAGAAAUCAUUUAUUUCAAAUUCAUCAAAUCCAUCAACACCAAUUACAACAUCACCAAUUUCAAUUAAACAAUCCAAUACUACUACUCAACCAUCAAAUGGUACCAGUUCCAACAAUGUUAAAUUAUCAGCAGCUACAAAAUCAAAUUCAAUGAAUUCAGCAGUACCAAGAAAGAAUAGUACAACUACCACUAAUAAUACAUCUUUAUCAACAUCAACAUCACCAUCAAUAUCAGCCAAUUCAAUGCCACCACCAUCAUCAACAACUCCAAUAAUGAAAUCAAAUUCAAGUUCUUCAUCUAAAAAAUUUGUAUCAUCACCAAUACAAACACCAUCAACAACAACCACCAAUAUUAAUAAUAAUAGUAGUAUUUCAGAUGAUACAUCAUCAGAAUCAACACCACAUAAUACACCACCACUUUCAGGUAGUGGUGGUACUAUACCAAAUGGGUUAUCAUCAUCAAUUGAUCCUUUUGAUCCAGACGAAUUAAAUGUAACAAAGUUAAAGAGUAAAAUUAAUAAAUCAGAUUUUGAACGUUUAGUUAAUUUAGAAUUUUAUACACGUGUUUUAUCAAAGGAUUUAGAAGAUGUAACUUCAAAAUUAGUGAAUGAAUCAUCAAUGAGAAAAGAUUUAGAAUCACAUACUAAAGAAUUGGAAGCACGUUUAAGAAUUUAUGAAGCAAGAUUAAAAAGAUAUUCAACAAUGCCACCACCACCACAACCUGAACCAAUUCCACAACAACAACAUCAAUUAGCAAUUGGUGAUUUAUCACCAUUAUCAUCUUCACCACCAACUACUGGUAUUUCAAUUAAUCAUGAUAGUGGUAAUACAAUAGUUUUAACAGCACCACCAAAUGUUUCAACACCACCACCAGUUCCACCAAGAUCUUAUUUAAAUUUAAUUCAAGCAGAAAAGGAUCAAUUGGAAUUGGAGGAGACUGAAAUAUCAAAAGCUAAAGAGGAAAGAGAAGAUCAAAGAUUUAAUUCAUUGGUUGUAAGAUUGGAACAAUUGGAAAAGAAAGUUUAUUCAUUAGAGCAAAGAAAUGGUCAAUUGUUGGAAGAGAUUCAUCAUUUACAAACUGAAAAUCAGUUACUUAAUCCAGAUAGAAAGAAAACUUUAAAGAAAUUAGAAAAAGAAAAAGAAAAAGAAUUACAAAAGGAACAAGAAAGAAUACUACGUGAAAAAGAGAAAGAAUUGCAAAAAGAAAAAGAAAGGGAGAAACAAAGACAAAAGGACUUUUUAAAACAACAAAAAGAAAAAGAAAAAGAACAACAAAAACAUCAAAAACAAUCUACUCAUCAACUUUCACAACAAGAUCAUUUUGAAAAUUCAAAUUCUGCCACGGCUCCAGAUUUAGAUACUUUUGAUUCAGAUUCAAAUGAUACAAAUUCAGAGAAUGAUAAUAGUGGUAAUAAUAAUAAUAAUAAUAAUAAUGAAAAGAAAUCAAAUCUAAAGAGAAAGGAUUACCCAAUGUCAUUAGUUAGUGAUUUAUCACCAAAUAAAAAGAAUGUAGUUUUUAAUGAUGGUAAAUCAGCAGCACCACCAACAACAGCCACCACCUCACUUAAAUCUUCAAAUUAUUUAUCAUCAGUAACUUUAAGAAAAGGUGCAGCAAAGAGAAUGUCUGCUCAUUAUACUUCAACAACAACAGGUUCACUAAUUGAUGAUGAUAGUAGUUUAGAUGAUAAUCAAUCAACUACCUCUGAAAAGGUUAAAGCUAUUUUCCAUGAUAUUUACGAUGGUAAUAUUGAAGAAAUGAAAAAUUCAAAAUUAACUAGAAUGAGAAGUAAAUCACUAUCAAAGGAUGCUUCAUCAGGCAGUAAUUUAGAUGACGAUGAUGAUGUUUAUAAUAGUCAGCCAUCAUCUGCUGCUAAAUUAAGUUUCACACAACAACAGCAACAUAGUCAAUUACCACCCACCCAACAACAACCAAGUCCACCACUUCAAUCAACUUCAACAUCUAGUAUAGCAUCAGUACUUAUUAGUAAAGAGAGUCUUUCAAUUCCAUUAUGCACUUCAGUUGAUACAAAUGUUACAACUACAACUACAACCAUUCCUACACCAGUGGUUCAACCACCAACAGUUUCACCAAAUGUACCAAUUUCAAAACCAGAUGCAAUGGAAAAAAUUAGACAUUUAACAAUUGGUAGAAUGUCAAGUAAAAAGAAACCAGGUUAUAAAGAUGCUCAAUUACAAUUAAGUGAAAAAUUAAAUCAUAGAGCUUCGAAAAAUGAAUUAAUUUUUAAAAAUAUUAUCAAAGCAGGUAAAGUAUAUUUAUUUUUAAAAUUAUUAUUAUUAUAA